AUGCCAUCCAAGGAGCACCAUCGCGGCCUGGUCCUGCUUGCCAAAGCCCUCCAAACCCUGGUCAACUCCAGCCUGGUGGAUCCCGCCUCGCCCGAUGGAGCGGUCAGCAUCGCCUCCCGCAUCUCCGAGCGCGAGGCCUAUCUCCAGUCAAUGGUCCCACACAUGGAGGCCCUGCGCCCUGAGAUGCAUGCCUUCCUCGUGCGUGUGUCCUCGUCCCGCCCCGAGCGCAUGUCCCAAGCUAGCACGCCGGCUCUGCAUCCGGACCAUCUGGGCUCCGAUGGCGUCACUCCGAUCAGUGAGCCCGGCUCUGCGCCGGGCGACGCCUCGCCGGAUUCCGAGUCCCCUGUCGGUGCCCGCAGCUCGGAGUCGCUGGCGCUCGAUGUUGACUCGAUUGUCGAUACCGUCAACGAUUCGGACUAUAUUGCCGCACUGGCCUGGAUCGCCGAGCUGAUCGAGGAACACCACUCCAACGAGGCCAUCCGGGCGGUUCUCGAGCAUGAGGGGGCCCUCACUGCUUGGGACACCCUCAGCGCCGGGGCGCAAUCCCUGCUGGCCUCGACAUUGUCGGACUCGGGAUCCUUCUCCGGCUCGAGCUCCUCGCUGGCCUCGGGGGCGCCACCCUCGCGCGGCCGGUCGAUCCCCUCCUCGCCAUCGAUGUCCUCCAUCUUCGGCCAGGCUUCCACCCUCAGCAGCCGCUCCGCCGACAGCAACGUCCUCAACACCCUGGCCGGGUCUUUUGCCUUCAGCGAGGGCGACGCCGGGGAAUCCACCCGCUGCGGGGUGGACAUCUCCAUCGACCUUGUUCGCCGGGCAUGUGGCUUCAUCAAGGAUGUCUAUCACUUUGCCAGCUACACCGACAACCAUCUGGAUUGGUCGGCUGUCCUGUCGGACUCGAUCGACUUCAAUGAAUGGGCGUGCGACGUUGCCGAAUUGGCCGAGAUCGACAUUUCCAAGAUCACCACCCAGCGUCACCUCAUCAGCUUCUGGCUCAAUGUGUAUCAUUGCCUGUGCAUGCAUGCGCACGUGGCGGCCGCGGUGACUGGCAACCUGGAUGCCGCGCAAACGUCGCCCAGCUACGGUCAGUCUUCGGUGUCCGGGUCCACACUGUCGCUGGCGUCCUCGACGGCCGGGAGCCGGGCCUCGGAGGACGGCCCCUCGGCCCCGGCGAGUGAGGCCCAGAUCCAGCACCUGAGCGACGGCUCGGUGACCAACUUGGCGCCGGCCGCCUCGUCGGCACACGCCGUGGCCGGGCGCAGCCGCGGCGGUCUGGCCCCGAAGGCCAAGCGCCGACGCGUGCUGUCCACUUUCUCCUACCAGAUCGGCCGCCAGGGGACCGCCGGAGCUGGUGCCUACACCCUGGAGGACAUUGUGGAGCUGCUGCGCGGCAACCCGAAGGGGCACUUCAAGCGCACGGACCCUCGCUACCCGGCGGUCAUCAUGAACUACGAUCCGCGAGUGCAUUUCUGCUACUCGCUGAUGACCUCCAUUUCGCCGCAGAUCAAUGUCUACACCCCGGACACCGUGUCUCAGAGCAUCCUGUCCUCCUCGGCGCACUUCCUCCUUCACAACACCAAGGUCGACAUGGCUCGCAACAAGAGGAAGGAAUACACCUGA